AACCUAUACUGAAAGCUUUUCUGAAGAAAAGAUCAAUCGAUAAGAGUGUCUAUAUUACUUCUUCAAACUUUCAAAAAAGAUGGUUUGUGCUGGAUGACGACAAUCUAACAUACUACGAUGGGAAAAUUUCGAAAAUGGGUGAAGAAAAAGGAAAGAUUGAACUUAAAAAGAUCUUGGCAGUCGAGGCAGUGGACCACGGUUGUCUGGAUGGCAAAAGGAAUGUCUUUCAGGUGAUACACAUAUGUGCUACAAGAUACGACCCUGUAAUUUUAUACGUGGUAACUGGUAGCACAGAAGAACAAGAAAAGUGGAUCAGCGGAAUCAGGAAAUGUGCCAUUAAAAAUAAUGCAACUUUUAUAAAGAAUUAUCAUUCUGGUGUGUGGACUGGUGCAUGCUUUACCUGCUGUCAUGCUCAAGGGAAACUAGCACGGGGAUGUAAAGUGGUCCACGGUUGCGUAGAAGGUAUUUCUCAUGAACGUGCAGGAGAGGAUCAAGGGAAGCAAACCUCCUCAGGAAUUUCCUCGUCAAGUUCAUCAAUUAAAUCACGAACCAGGACUGCUCCUUCCAGACCCCCGCCUAGUAUUCCCCAUAACAACGGGGAAUCGAGUGGGGCUAGGCACACAGAACACGACUCCCCAAGAAGUUCCGCUAAAAGUCGGUUGACAAAGAAAUCUUCUUCUACAUCUCAGUCAUCAUCGAACGGACGUUCUCAAAUUAACAAAAUCUGUGUGGGGAUAUAUGACUAUAGUCCAUCUUCAGAUUCAGAUGUGACAAUUGUAAAGGGAGAACGUUUUGAAGUUUUAGAUGAUUCGGACGAAAACUGGUGGACUGUAAAAAAUAUUAAAAAUGGAGAAUCUGGUUAUGCCCCUAAAAAUUAUCUUGAAGAAGACGCUGCUGUUGAUGCAUACGAAUGGUAUUUUGGAAGUGUAUCAACAUCAGACUGCGACUCACUAAUGGCAAAUGACGGGCGGCCUGGUUGUUUUCUCGUUCGUGAUUCCAGAGAAAAGGGCACCUUUACUCUUUGUUUAUUUGACGGUGCCAGCAUUAGAAAAUUCCGAAUCGAAAACACAACAACUGGGAAAGUUUAUAUUGUAAAAGAGAAGGAAUUUUCCUCCGUGCCCCAACUUAUUGAAUAUUAUCAGCAACAUGAAGUCGGCUCCACUGGCUGCAGACUGGAAUCAGUCGUUAUGUAAUUGUGGCACAGGUGCUAUAUCAUCGUUACCAAUGAACGAAUUGUCAAAAUUCUGGAGAAGUUAUUCUACAACAAGACCCUAUUUUAUAUUGUGGAAUAUGGAGACAAAUUGGAUUUGGAGGAAGAAGUCAUUGACUCCAUCACAACUAUAAAUUAAAUUCAUCUUGCUUGAAACAGAUUUAGCUGAUUUUAUAUAGUACACUGUAAAAAAAAAAAACAUGCAGUGUAUACCGGUAUAAAUAAACAUAUAGUCAAUAUUUGGGCUGAAAAUUACAAAAAGUGUAAACUUAACAUUAAUCCUCAUUAUAAUGACAUUUUUAUUUUUUCAAAUCAUGGUAUAAGGGGUUUCACUGAUCUAUCACAAAGUAUUUGACAAGAGUUGGGUAACUCAGGUGAGUGUUGUUACCCGUAGGUCUCAUUUACUAUUUUUUUAUUGUUCAACAUAACUGUAUUUCAACUUUAUCAUCAUUUUUAAUAUGCAUGCAGUAUUUGUAUAUUAUUCUUUUUAGUUUUAAAAUUAUUUUAAUUGUUAACCUUCUUCCCUUCUUCCAUGAAGAAAGGCAGAGCACAAACAAGCAUACGCACAAUCAUAUACAGACACCUCUGCUUCUUCCCUUAAUACUCCACUUUAUUAUAUACCCAAGUGUGUAUCACUCAAUUUUACUGUAGAUUUCGUACAAUCACGUGACGGUGUGAUCCAGCUUUCCGGAUCACCACACUGUGGUUUUCUGAAUCCAUAUCACCCCUCUCUGAAAUUGAUGACGUAGUACACAGAAACGUGACGCUAUUUU